AAAAUUUUUAAUAAAUAUUUUUCAUAUCUAGAAUGUAUAUAUUUUUGUCUUUGUUUUAGUUAUUAUUUUCAUUAAUAUCUCUGAAUAUUCUUUAAAGUCCUUUUCAGAUCUGAAGUAUGGAAAUCUUUGUUUGAUGGCUCUAUGCACUAUUUUUAUUGGCUUUAGGAUUUUGUUUUGUUUUGAUUCAUUGUGAGACCCCUUCUAGGGACUGAUCUUCCAUGGUAGUCCUGUAUGUUUCCUAUGUGGGGUGUGUUUGUGUGUGUGUGUUAUGAUAGACUCUGCCUGGUUCCAAUAGAAUUUACCAGUUCUGAACCAGUGUAAAUUCAAUUUCUUGGCUUAGGGUUCCCUUUUAUGAGGAUAAUGUGAACUUGGGCCUUGUAUCUGCUUGAGCCAUAGAGAAGUGUAGGCUUGAGGAUUUGUCUUUUAUUUUUUAAUUUAUUUUUUAUUUUUAUUUGAGACAUAGUCUCACUCUAUUGCCCAGGUUGGAGUGCAGUGGCGUGAUCUUGGCUCACUGCAAUCUCCACCUCCCAGGUUCUAGUGAUUCUCAUGCCUCAGCCUCUCGAGUAGCUGGAAUUACAGGCAUGCACCACCACAUCUGGCUCAUUUUUGUGUUUUUAGUGGAGAGACGGGCUUUCACUAAGUUGGCCAGGCUGAUUUCAAACUUCUGGGCUCAAGCUGUCUGUCCGCCUUGGCCUCCCAAAGUGCUGGGAUUACAGGUGUGAGCCACUGCACCCAGCUGAGGAUUUUUCCUCUUUCAAGGGACUCUGUUCAUGCCUUUGGCUUGGGGCAGGUGGCUUGCCCAGGCCAAGGUGGGUAAAUACUUCUGGUUUGUGGAUAGGGUGGCACUCCCCUGGAUUCCAGCUGUGUCUUGGGCCUGUGGCGUAGAGUUCUGCCUCUGGAUUGCUGAUAUACUCCAGCGCUGGGGCUGGCAUGAGUUCUGGUCUCUGCCCAGCUUCACCUCCCACCCACCCACUUUUUUUUUUUUUUUUUUUUUGAGACAGGGUCUCACUCUGUCACCCAGGCUAGAGUGCAGUGGGUGCAGUGGCACACCAUCACAGUUUCCUGUAGCCUUGACCCCCCCGGCUCAAGCUAUCCUCCCACCUCAGGCCCCCCAAGUAGCUGAUACUUAAGGCAUGUGCCACCAUGCCCAGCUAAUUUUUUAUAUUUUUGGUGUAGAUGAGGUUUCACCAUGUUGCCCAGGCUGAUCUCAAACUCCUAGGCUCAAGCCGUCCACCUGCCUCGGCCUCCCAAAGUGCUGGGAUUACAGGCAUGAGCCACUGCGCCCAGCCUUCCACCCACUUGGGGUUUCCUCCUCCCUUUCUGGCACCUGAUGAUUUCUUUCUUUCUUUUGGGGGCUUAACUGUGUUUUACAUUUUUAUCUUUUCAGUGGUUUCUCCAGCAUUUGCAUUGUUUAGAGUGGAAAAGGGAAGGACUUUUAUGUCUUCUCAGAUUACCUUAAUCAGCAGUUUCUCUACACAAGUUAUUUAAUCUCAUUAAGCUUCAGUUUCCUCUUCAAUAAAAGCACUGGAGAAAAUACAUAUGAAAUUCUUAGCACAGUUUCUGGAAUAAAGUAAAUGUUUUUAAAACAGCAUAACUAUUACCACUUUUCAUUAUUACUCUAAUAAUUGUUGUGAUUCAGUUUUUCUUCUCUAAUACUCACAUAUCUCUAUAGGCAUGAUUAUAAUCCAGAAGUUAUUGUAAAUAUGAAAUUUUUUUUUUUGGCCCAGUGCAGUGGCUCACACCUGUAAUCACAGCAUUUUGGGAGGCUGAGACAGGUGAAUCACUUGAGGUCAGGAGUUCAAGACCAGCCUGGCCAACAUGGUGAAACCCUGUCUCUACUAAAAAUACACAAAUUAGCUGGGUAUGGUGGCAUACCCCUGUAGUCCCAGCUGCUUGGGAGGCUGAGGCAGGAGAAUCACUUGAACUCAGGAGGCGGAUACUGCAGUGAGCCGAGAUCAUGCCACUGCACACAGGUCUGGGCGACGUUUCUAUGGAGAACUGCUGAGCCUUCUGGAGCAACAGAAAGUGUUGAGUCAAGCCUGUUUCCUCCACUCCCUCACUGCCGCACCUUCCAGAGAAGUAAAAAAAGUCUCCCUACCAACUGACUGAUGAUUACAAUUUUUUUUAAAUUGAGAAGCAGUUUUCCUUCAACUGUUAGGUGAUCAAAGGUUUAAAAUACAAAAUACUUUGAAGAAGAUCCAUUAACUAAAAAAUUCAUUCAUUAAUCAGCAGUUAGAGAUUGUGGGAUUAGUGAUAUGCUUUUCUAAAGAGUAGAAAAGUCGAAGAUGUCUAGACAGAACUUAGUGGCUUUGACAGUGACUACCCUUCUGGGUGUGGCUGUAGGGGGGUUUGUCCUCUGGAAAGGCAUCCAGCGCCGCCGAAGGAGUAAAACGAGCCCUGUGACCCAACAGCCACAGCAGAAAGUGCUGGGCAGUAGAGAGCUGCCCCCUCCAGAAGAUGAUCAGCUGCACUCCAGUGCCCCCAGAUCCUCGUGGGAGGAACGGAUCCUUAAAGCAAAGGUGGUGACGGUGUCUCAGGAGGCAGAGUGGGAUCAAAUCGAGCCCUUGCUUAGAAGUGAAUUAGAAGAUUUUCCAGUACUUGGAAUUGACUGUGAGUGGGUAAAUUUGGAAGGCAAAGCCAGCCCUCUGUCACUUCUACAAAUGGCCUCCCCAAGUGGCCUGUGUGUCUUGGUUCGCCUGCCCAAGCUAAUCUGUGGAGGAAAAACACUACCAAGAACAUUAUUGGAUAUUUUGGCAGAUGGCACCAUUUUGAAAGUUGGAGUGGGAUGCUCAGAAGAUGCCAGCAAGCUUCUGCAGGAUUAUGGCCUCGUUGUUAGGGGGUGCCUGGACCUCCGAUACCUAGCCAUGCGGCAGAGAAACAAUUUGCUCUGUAAUGGGCUUAGCCUGAAAUCCCUCGCUGAGACUGUUUUGAACUUUCCCCUUGACAAGUCCCUUCUACUUCGUUGCAGCAACUGGGAUGCUGAGACUCUCACAGAGGACCAGGUAAUUUAUGCUGCCAGGGAUGCCCAGAUUUCAGUGGCUCUCUUUCUUCAUCUUCUUGGAUACCCUUUCUCUAGGAAUUCACCUGGAGAAAAAAACGAUGACCACAGUAGCUGGAGAAAAGUCUUGGAAAAAUGCCAGGGUGUGGUCGACAUCCCAUUUCGAAGCAAAGGAAUGAGCAGAUUGGGAGAAGAGGUUAAUGGGGAAGCAACAGAAUCUCAGCAGAAGCCAAGAAAUAAGAAGUCUAAGAUGGAUGGGAUGGUGCCAGGCAACCACCAAGGGAGAGACCCCAGAAAACAUAAAAGAAAGCCCCUGGGGGUGGGCUAUUCUGCCAGAAAAUCACCUCUUUAUGAUAACUGCUUUCUGCAUGCUCCUGAUGGACAGCCCCUCUGCACUUGUGAUAGAAGAAAAGCUCAGUGGUACCUGGACAAAGGCAUUGGUGAGCUGGUGAGUGAAGAGCCGUUUGUGGUGAAGCUACGGUUUGAACCUGCAGGAAGGCCCGAAUCUCCUGGAGACUAUUACUUGAUGGUUAAAGAGAACCUUUGUGUAGUGUGUGGCAAGAGAGACUCCUACAUUCGGAAGAACGUGAUUCCACAUGAGUACCGGAAGCACUUCCCCAUCGAGAUGAAGGACCACAACUCCCACGAUGUGCUGCUGCUCUGCACCUCCUGCCAUGCCAUUUCCAACUACUAUGACAACCAUCUGAAGCAGCAGCUGGCCAAGGAGUUCCAGGCCCCCAUCGGCUCUGAGGAGGGCUUGCGCCUGCUGGAAGAUCCUGAGCGCCGGCAGGUGCGAUCUGGGGCCAGGGCCCUGCUCAACGCGGAGAGCUUGCCUGCUCAUCGAAAGGAGGAGCUGCUGCAAGCACUCAGAGAGUUUUAUAACACAGACAUGGUCACAGAGGAGAUGCUUCAAGAGGCUGCCAGCCUGGAGACCAGAAUCUCCAAUGAAAACUAUGUUCCUCACGGGCUGAAGGUGGUGCAGUGUCACAGCCAGGGUGGCCUGCGCUCCCUCAUGCAGCUGGAGAGCCGCUGGCGUCAGCACUUCCUGGACUCCAUGCAGCCCAAGCACCUGCCCCAGCAGUGGUCAGUGGACCACAACCAUCAGAAGCUGCUCCGGAAAUUCGGGGAAGAUCUUCCCAUCCAGCUGUCGUGAUAGCUGCUUUCCUCCCAGUUAGGACAGGUGGGAAGCUGGAGCCAAGGUUGAAGAGUCGCCUCUUCCCAUUUUAGUACAUCAUUAAUUGUCAAAGCCUGGGUGACACAACUCAGAAUACUAACCUAGACUAAUCCCAGGAUGCUUCUGCUGGAGCAAAGAUAUUGUUUGAAGGAGAGUUUAUGGUUUUGGAUUUUAAACGGGCAGGGUCUUUUUUCCUCUCUUAUUUUUGUGGACAAGAGAGGCCUUCGCCUUUAUUUUUACUCUCCCUCUUCUGCUGUCCCUGUGCAGAGGAAAAAUGAAGAAUUCUCCCAGAAGUGACUUGUCAAGACUUAAAAAAAAUGUUUUUAAUGCAUUUCUUCCUUGUCUAGUGCCUCGGUUUAUCUCUAACAGGGGCUGUCCAGUAUAUCGGUCCUGUUAGGAGGGGAGAAAAAGUUCUUCCAAAGGCUGGAGAAGUGAACAAGGAGUCAAUUCAACUUCAUAAUUAUCAUUUCUUUGGCUUCAUGCUCUCCCGUAACUCAUGUGGUUGGGAUCCAUCCCAUCUGGGUCACUUCAGUCUACUUCACGUACUUGAAAAGGCUUUCCUUUACACUUCCAGGACCAAACAGCAACUUCCUGCCACACACUUCCACCCUAUCACUGGGAGAAAUCCUUUUCUGAAAAUGAGCCUUUGACCUGGGUGGGGCAGAAAGAACCACAAACUCCAUCUCCCAAUAGAACUUUGAAAUUCACUCAGCUUUUCCUUUCAUGCUGUUUGUUGCCUGCUUGUUGCACUCCUCCUGCCCCAGAACUGCAAGAUUUUUAGCUUCACCCCUUUCUGAGAGUAAUGUUAUCUUUUAUCAGAAUCAGUAUCAGUUCCCCUGUAUUCUGUGCUUCAUCGAAUUUGCAAGACUGACCUCUUUUAAGCAUUUAAUUCACUCCCAGAGUCAUCUGGUCAGGUUGCAAUAUGAGGACUUCUCUGUCUCCUCUGAAGCCUGGGACACUGAGCUUACUUAAUACAUUAGAUGUUCAAAAGAGGAGCGUUGUUUCAUCUUUCAAAAUGUUAGGCCAUCACUUUGAGUAUAAAAUCGACUUAUUAAUGAUUAGUAAUUUUUCUAAAGUAUUGGGAAAACUUUCUUAUUUUAUAAGAUCUUAACAAGCUUAAAAAAGAAUUUUAUGACCAGAAUCCAACAAGAGCUCUAUUUUGGAAUUGUGCCCAAGUUGGUGAUGUUUACUCUAAAAUUGAUAAUAAAACUACUUGUAAGCACAA